UAAAGGGUAGUUGGGUCAUUCAAUGAAUGGAGUCAACUUGAGAGUACUCAUUAAACAAUCAGUGGCCUUUCUUUCUGCUGCUGAAAAAGUAGUAAAAAGUAGAAUAGCUUUUCUUGUUUCUCCAGUUUUGUGCUCCCCCGUACUGCCGUACAUUCAGCUCUCCUCCACUUUAACUUGCCUUCUUCAUCUUUUGUGAGAUCUCGAAAACUCAAUGAACCUCUCCCUUUAAAUAUCAAACAUCUCUAAUCAGGAAUCUAUGGGCACAAGCACAUUACCUGAUGCAUUAUUUGGAUCUAUUCAAUAUCACCCUGUCAUUUCUUCACGCCGAUACCAUGACCCUAUUCAAUUUUUUGCUGUUAAGUCGCAUUUCACGUCAUAUAGAAGGCGUUCCGGUGUGAAAAGAGUUCUGUUCGCGGAUGCCGGCGUCUGCAAAACAAGACAUGUUGCUUUCUCGUGCAUGGAUGACUCAACUGAAGCUCUCACAGAUUUCCUUGAUGAUGGGGAUAGUAAUUCAUUAGGGAGGAGCAAAUUAGUAGAGAUUGAUGAUAAUGAACUGUUGGCAACUAGGAAAUCUCUCUCUGAUGUUCAAGCCAGAAAUGAAACCAUUGAAAGGGAAAGAGAUCAAUUGCUUGAAAAAUUAGCUCGGUCUGAAGCUAAACAGAAGGAUUAUUUGUCCACUGUAAUGCAUGAUAAGGAUUUGGCCAUAUCGGAACUGGAGGCAGCCAAAGCCCUAUUUAACCGCAAGCUAGAACAGUCUUUGGAGGAGAAAUUUAAAUUGGAAUCUAAGCUGGUCCUGGCAAAACAAGAUGCUGUUGAACUUGCAGUUCAAGUUGAGAAGCUUGCUGAGAUUGCUUUUCAGCAGGCAACCUCUCACAUACUUGAAGAUGCACAAUUACGAGUUUCAGCUGCUGAAGCUUCUGCAGCAGAGGCAGCUUUUCAAAUCGAAGAACAGAUAAGGACUGCCUCUGAAGGGGCCAUAACCUGUGUUAUACAACAAUCUAAAGAUGCCAUAGAAAAGGCUUUAGCUGUAGCUGAAUCAGCUGGCGACCAUACAACAAAUGCCAUGGCUGCAUUUGUAGAUAAUAUGGACCGGGUUGAUGAGAUCGUAGCAGUCCAGUCUCAGAAUAUAAAGUUAAGCAACACUGUGAAUGACUUGGAGUCUCAGUUACUGGUUUACAAAAACGAGAUUGAAAAAUUGAAAUUAGAGCUCAAACAAGCACGCAAAGAAGCAAAAGCAUACGAACUCCGUGCAAAUGAUGUUGAGAAGUUAUUGCUUGAGUUUCAGGAAUCAAGCAGAAAAGCAGCUGUUCAACAGGAAGAGGAAAUAAAAUCAUCACUAGAGAAAGUGAGAAAAGAUGCUACGGAGAAAAAGAGGGCAGCUUCCAAGGCAUUUAAGCUUGAGAUAGAGAGGAUGAAGGCUGCCAUUGAAGCAGCAAAAGAAACAGCGCGUUCACAAGAUGAGGCAUAUAUGCGAAGAUGUGAAGCACUACAGAGAUCCUUAAGAGCAGCUGAGGCUGCUUCAAAAACAUGGAGGCAAAGAGCAGAAAUGGCCGAGGAUUUGUUACUAAGGAAAACUUCUCCUGAAGAAGGGGAUGAGGAAGCUGUUUAUUGUGUUAAUGGUGGAAGAAUAGAUUUUCUUAUGGAUGAUAAUUCACAGAAAUGGAGACUUUUAACUGACGGUCCUCGCAGGCCAACACCUGAGUGGAUGGCACGGAGGAUACGCUCUAUUCGUCCCAGGUUUCCACCUAGGAAAACUCAUGUAUCUGAGGACAUGACAUCAGGAUUUAAAACUUUGGACCUACCAAAACCCGAUGAAGUAUGGUCUAUUGCCCAAGAAAAGCUAAAGGAAGGAGAUGCUCUAGUUGAGCAUGUGAUGGAGAAAGAAGUUAUUGAAAAGAAGAGGAAGGCUUUGGAACGUGCUCUUCAACGGAAGACAGUUAAAUGGCAGAGAACUCCAGAAGAAACAAAAUUAGAAUCAGGGACAGGUACUGGACGAGAGAUUGUGUUCCAAGGUUUCAAUUGGGAAAGCUGGAGAAGACAGUGGUAUCUUGAGCUUGCUAAUAAAGCUGCUGAUUUGUCCCGCUGCGGUAUCACAGCGGUUUGGUUUCCACCACCAACCGAAUCAGUUGCUCCUCAAGGUUACAUGCCUUCUGAUCUUUACAACUUGAAUUCUGCUUAUGGUUCGUUGGAAGAGCUUAAAGGCUGCAUAGAAGAGAUGCAUAACCAAGAUCUUCUGGCCUUGGGAGAUGUUGUUUUGAACCAUCGAUGUGCUCACAAACAGAGUCCAAAUGGUGUUUGGAACAUUUUUGGAGGCAAGCUUGCAUGGGGACCUGAAGCAAUUGUGUGUGAUGACCCAAAUUUUCAAGGCCGUGGAAAUCCUUCAAGUGGUGAUAUAUUUCAUGCUGCACCAAAUAUUGAUCAUUCCCAGGAAUUUGUACGACAAGAUAUAAAAGAGUGGCUAAAUUGGCUCCGAAAUGAUGUUGGUUUUGAUGGAUGGCGCCUUGACUUUGUGAGGGGCUUCUCAGGGGCUUAUGUGAAAGAAUAUAUAGAAGCAUCAAAUCCGGCAUUUUCUAUUGGCGAGUAUUGGGAUAGCCUCGCUUAUGAAGGUGGAAACUUGUGUUACAACCAAGAUGCCCAUCGCCAACGCAUAGUUAACUGGAUCAAUGCUACUGGUGGGAGCUCUUCAGCAUUUGAUGUCACAACAAAGGGUAUAUUGCAUUCUGCUUUACACAACCAAUAUUGGAGGUUAAUUGAUCCUCAAGGCAAACCAACUGGUGUGAUGGGAUGGUGGCCCUCACGUGCUGUCACUUUUUUGGAGAAUCAUGAUACUGGAUCCACACAGGGCCAUUGGCCAUUUCCUCGGGAUAAGCUUACGCAAGGAUAUGCAUACAUUUUAACCCAUCCUGGAACGCCUGUAAUAUUUUACGAUCACUUCUAUGAUUUUGGAAUUCGUGAUGUCAUAAACGAGUUAAUUGAGGCGCGGAGGCGAGCUGGAAUCCAUUGCCGUAGCCCCUUAAAGAUAUAUCAUGCAAACGGUGAUGGUUACGUUGCACAGAUUGGAGAUACCCUUGUGAUGAAACUUGGUCAUUUGGACUGGAAUCCUUCCAAGGAAGUUCAUUUGGAUGGAGCCUGGCAGAAAUUUGUUGAUAAAGGACCAGAAUAUCAAAUAUGGCUGAGGCAAUAAUUCUACGGAAUUAAGAGACUUGCAUGUUCUUAUUGGAAUUCUGUCCAUUUUUAUGCUUUUAUGUUGUAAUUAUAGUACCUCAUACCUCAUAUCAGAGACUUUGAAUUCCUGCAUGCAUCAGGCGAUGAGAAUAAAAAGAGCUGAUGCUGGGGUUGUUUAUGAUGUAAUUGAUUGAAUUAGGUAUUUAGCGGGAACUUUAGUACAUUGAAUUGCCCUUUUUUCUUAAAACAAACAACGGUCCUCUUAAUGAAAAAGUGAACAAAAAUACUCUUAUGCAGCAA